CACGCCUGGCUGUCAACUGGCGCACCAGCUGUCAAAAUCGACCGCACGGACAAACCUCGCGUCCCGCACUGUACACACCUCGGUAUUCGGUAAAAUUAUCAGUGCAGAAAGGUUGAAUUUUUCGCGACAAAAACAAAACCAUUUCUCUCCGUAUUUCGCAUUACGGCUUGGCUGCUGUAUAUUUCCGAAACGUGCUACACUCCGCUGAAGCUGAGGGGCGAUGGAAUAUCAUUGCAUCUGUGCCUAACAUUCGACCAGUGCCCGUUCGCAAAACAUCCGCAAAAUCGCGUACAAACAAGCAUUGUCCAUUUGGUUGCCGCAAAAUCCGCAAAUCUAAGACGUAAUCUUCCGUAAUCGGAACUACCCAAAUCGGAUUAUCCAUCGAGACAGGGCGGAGAAGAAACGCCCCGUUGGAUUAGGACGCUUUGCAGCGAGGCUGAUCGCUCCACAGUGCACGGUACGCACCGAUCUUCGGAACCUUUAAGACCUUGCCCUGUAAAGUAGCGUCGUCAAAAUUAGCGGAGAAACAAGAGUACGUAAAAUGUCCUUCAGUUCGGACUCGCCGGAUGCGAAAAAGCCCUGCAAGGGUAUCCUCAAAUCUUCCAGCAGCUUCGACAAGCAUUCGGCAGCAUCGUCAGUGCACAGGAAAAGUGCCAAAUUUGAUGAGCUGAACGUGCUACAGACGUACCAUCCGCCGGACAAGGAUUACGGCCAUAUGAAGGUGGACGAACCGAAAACGCCCUUCAACUACGUAGAAGCAGCCGAUGUCGAUCAGCUGGACGCGGAAGUGCUUGCGGAAAGAUUACGUGUCGCUGCCGACGCACGGAGUGAUGCCGUAUCGGAGGAGGAGCUGGAUGAUGACGACGACGACGAAGAGGAAGAGCUUACGGAGGAGCAGAAGAAGCGCAAGCUAGAAUUCGAACGACGCCGCAAAGCUCACUAUAACGAGUUCGAGGCCGUUAAGCUGGCCCGCAAGCUAAUCGAAGAGGACGACGAGGAGGACGAAGACGAUGACAACGGUGCGGCGAACGAUGACCCGAACACGGCGGACGAUGGUGAAGCACCGAGCUCGAACCAAACGCCCGCCGGUGCGUCCGGAACGGAAGGGUCCGGUUCCAGUGUACCUGCCGCCAGCAAGGACGAAACGAGCAUGGAAAUCGAGGAGGAGGAAACCGAUCGGAGCGCUAGUGUGCGCACGGGCAAGGUUGGGCCGGUCGAUAGUCGAUUAAAGCCAGGUAUGGAGGAAAUUGUUUAGGUGGUGUACCGUGUGGAGAGGGGGUUGCAGUUGUGCCCCCGGGGAUGGAAACAUUUACGCUUCCAAGGGCCGGAUCGCGUGCACCGCCGGUUUCCGGUUGGGGGUCCGGUUUUUACAGCCGCAUUUGUCUUUUAAAACACACACACACACACCCGCGACACGGCGACACAAUUACAGACACACACACACGCGCGCGCGCUAUGCAAACGUUGGAGUGAUAGAGGUAUUGAAAACAGGAAGCGAGGUCCUAAGACUGCCAUUUUUUGAGCUGUUACAACGGUUACGCAUGGUCUGCAGUAGAAGGGAACGUCUGUUCUCGGUUUUCGGUUUUUAUGUAUUGUACGGAGGGUAGAUUUUUGUUCUUCUUUUUUGGUGGUCCUUUAAGGACUUCUUAGUCUGUUUGUGUGUGUGAGUUAGAGAGAGAAAGAGAGUGUGGGUUUUGCUGUGAAAGUAGGAAGCAAAUAGAGUGUUAGCUGCUGUUAGCUUAGCGCGGUUGGGUGCCCCAACGAUAGCACUUAAACCGUAACAAAAUUGCUUAAAAGAACUAGAAAACUCCCAACAAACAUCGUCCUGAAACAUUAUUGCCCACAACAAUCAUCGAGUUCGAAACACAAUUCCCACGCGCUCUACCUCCGGCUGGUGCCACCAGUUUUGCUCUUUGUUUUAGGAAUUUCAGUCGGCCAAAACAAAAGGUUCUUUUUACUAUUUUCAAUUUCCAAUUUUCUUUUCUGUUUUUGCAAUUUUAAUCUGGUUUUAUUUUCUUUUUUUUCUUCCCCUCUUUUUUGUCUCAAUUUUUGUUUUCUUGUUCCUUGUCGUUCGCUGUACACACUGUUAACUAUACCGAUUGUUAACCUUUCGUGCUAUUGUGUGUGUCUGGUUUUCUCCCCUCCAAAUUUAACUAAAAAAACCGCAAACAAGUAUCGAGCACAAUCCGCAUCUCGGAGGAAAGUUCCGAACUCGAGGGCCCGCGCAGCUCGGUCAUCGCACUGAUCAUGAUCGUGUCGAUUUGUCUGAUGAUUUUCUUCAUCGUUUGCUUUACACUGUUGUUUUAUCUGCUCAAAAGAAAUGCAUAGAAUGCUGUGCACGCGUGUCGUUUUUCUUCCUGGGUUUCUUGAGUGAGAAUGUAGUGUUGCGUAUAGGAUAGGGAUGGCAAGCUAGAGUUGGGAAGAGAAUAUUUAAUUUAAACGAUUUUUUUGCUGCUUUAACUUAUCCGUAGAAGCGUAGCAUAAGGGGUUCGAUUAGCUUCCUCGUAGCGCGGGAAGAAAGCAUUAGUUUAGCGUAUGAUUGAUGGGAGAUGCCCCAAACACGCACGCAUGGACGAAUUUCGGAUUUAAUUGUAAAUAACCUCGCACCAUCGUAUCCGUAUUCGGUUUUAGUUGAUAUGGGUUUUCACGAGCAAACUGAUUUUUUUGUUUGUUUCUUUCUAUCUUUGUCUGUUAAGUUAAUUGCAUGCGAUCAUUUAGUCAGUCCACCCAAGUCCACACCAACCACCACUAACCCAAAUACCUCCUAGCUAAACCGUCGUUACCGUCUUAUAAUCAAGCUUUUCCUACCUGUAACAAAAGAAGGCAAAUCUACCGAGUGCUACCAGUGUGUGUGUGUCUCGUUUGGUGUAAACACUUCUUAGCUCUGCACCACCAGGGAAAAGCUUUCUCGUCCGCUCCGAACUGUGGUAUAUACGGCUGCCGACGGGUGACUCGGGUCGGCUAACCAAAAAGGGGCGGAAUGAGUAAGGGCCGCCGCAUCACAUCGCAUGCUAGGCGCUUGGGUAGUAGUCAUCGGUUUGAAGCGAUCUCUUAACCGGAUUUGCCGCACUACCAGUAGGGUGGGUGGGUCCGGUGCGCAGGGUGUUUGCUGCACAAUCAAUCAAAUCAAAGGACGGGGAGGGUGCUAGUAAGGGCAGCCAGCCAAACCCCCGAGCGAUUAAAUGAUAGAACCAACGCGUGCGGAGAGUGCGGUGUUGUGCGUAACCGUAUGGGCGCUUAGUGCUUAGGCGAGAACAAUAAUUUUACAAACAAUUUCAUUUGCUUUUUUAACACUAAUUGGCGCGUUUCGCUCUAAGUGUAGUACUGGGGAGAGUUAGCGAGACAGAAGAAAACAAAAUCAACAUUUGUAAAUGCAAAAAAAAAACGUUUAGAAACGUUAAAACAAAAUUUAAACCAAGUUAAAAUAGUAUACUUAAAAUUAAAGGAAAAAACACGAUCAAACUAAGCAAUAACCUAUUAUUGUAACUGCGAACGAGAAAAGAACCACUCUGUUCGUGGUUAAACAAAAGCGGAAAAACAAACAAACAAACUACAAAACAACUAAAGAUAGUUGCUAAACAAAAACAAAUAAAAGGAACAUUAUUUUCGGAAUGGGGGAAAAUAAUGUCUCCCAGCAACCACCACCACCACCACCACCAUGAAUGAGAUAAUCAAAAUCGGUAAGGCGCUUUGAAUAGAAAACAGAAAGUCACGUGCGUGUACCGCACACGUGUCGCAAGUAUUUUUGAACAAGGGGAUAUAACAGCAGGGUGUUGGUGUUCCCCCGCCACCCCCAGAAUAGGGCUGUUUUAAACUCAUUGCUAGAAAUUUGCUAAAAAAGAUUGAUCUGUUAUUUAAAGUAGCACACACAACUGUUGAAUUAUGUAAAUCUCAAUUUAUUUUUGAACAACAAAAAAACAUUUCUUUUGGAUAAUUUUAAAGACAAAAAACAAGAAAUUUAUUUAGGAAAAUUUCUCUCUUAGUUUGAAGAACGAGUAGAUCACUCUCUUUUGAAGGAUUAAAAUUUAAAGUUAGUGAUACGAGAACUAUACAACUGUAUUAAAAAUUACACUGACAAACAUCGCAAUAAGCAGAUUCAUUUUAAUCAUGAGACGAAGGGGUAGGAACGGUAACGAAAUUUUUGUAUUUAUUUUUCGAAUACUAAACAACAGUCCCGGUAACAAGGCAGCCAAUAAGAUGAAGAUUAGUAGCAAAAAUACCCUAGUGUAUACUAGUAGACUUAUAAUUAUGUUUUACUUUAUUACAAAAUGGUCCUUAGCGUUGUGGGUUUUAGUUUCCCGUGUAACACCCUAGUGAUGGGCAAAAUGAUGCUUAGGUCGGAAUCGAUUCCAAAGAGUAGGUGUGGAAUGAUUUUGAGCUGAUUUCAGAAUCGGAUCCAAAAGCGGAAUCAGCUCCGAACGCGGAAUCGGAAUCGGAAACAGGUAGUACCGAUUUCAAGUGCCCAUCAGUAUAACACACACACACCACCAACAAUCCCUCCCAAUAUUAUAGGUAAUAGUUUUAUUUCCCCAGAGUGAGAAAGAAUGGAGUGAGAUUUAAUUAUUUAAAAAUACAUUUAAAAAACAAAAAAAAAAAAAACACGAACGCUAAGAAAUAGGUACGUUGAUUUCAAAGUUGUGUGGUAAUAGAACUGAUGAUGCUGCUAGUUUCGUAUUCGUUAAGAGGUUUUCCGUUGUUUGCCCGGCCUAAAGCGGGAUGGAGAAAGAAACAAUGUUUUAAGACCAGCGGAAAAGCCCCAUUUUAACGUUAUUUUCUUCCGACUUGUGUCGCCGACUUUUCUUCCCCACUGCUGCCAGUGGGAGAGACCGACGCAGCAUUAGAAAAAAUCGAUAGGUAAAAAACGAUGGAUUAGACACACACACAAAACCCGGAAGUAGUAGGUUGAAUAAUGAUAAUAGUUAUAUGGAAUCAACAUAUAAAAAAUAUAGUUUGCGAUGGAUUUGAAGAAAAGAAAAACAAAAACCGAUUAGCAAUAAUAAUCAAAGAAAAACAAAACAAAAAAAUAGCACUUUAUUGUUUGCGGCGCCAGUGAAAAGCAAUAGAGAGCGGGGUGUGAUUGAGCUGGGAAUUGAGGAUGCGUUAAAGGAAUUACUUGAAUAAAUUAAAGUCGUGAAUUGAAUUGUA